AUGGACGGCGUAGAUGACAUUUUGAAUGAGAACCAGGUGGCAGACGAAGAAGAGGACGAAGAUGAGGAAUUGGACGAAGAAAUGGUCGAUUUAGCCGGUGGAGAUGAUAACCAAGACCGGGAACAAGAAGGUGAGCAAGACGACCAGGACAACCAAGAAGAUCAGGACGAUUAUCCGGAACAAAGUCAGGAUCAGGAUCAAGAUGACGACGACGAGGAUAUGGACGGAGAUGAUGACGACAAUGAUGACAACGACGACAUGGACGACGACAACAAUGACGGAGGGUCAGAUCUACGCAAAAACAGGGAAACAGGAAAUAGUGAUGAUGAGGGUGACGAAGACGACGACCAAGAGGAAGGAUUGGAAAAUGGAAGAAAAAUUGACCAAUUGAGACCAUCUGGUGAACCAGGAGCAGAUCUAGGUGUCACUGUGGAAACUCACCCACCUUCCAUACGCAAACCAACCUCAGCGUUUGACAAAAUUCAUGAGUAUUACAUACAGCUUUACAACUCUGCGAAGCUUGCGGAUGUGUACUCGAUAUACCCAACGGCAGCCAUCCCAAUCCAAACACAUGUUCACAGCAUAGCCAUGUCUAAAGGGCUCAAAUACUUGUUUUUGGGCGGUCAAGACGGGUUCAUUAGAAAGUACGAUUUUUUGAACACAAUUGAGGGUAAACUUUCUCUAACGAUUCUUCAAAAACAUUCACUGGUGGAGUCCAUUUCCAACGCAGGGAUCCUGCUGUCAUAUUGGGAAAACGAAGUACCUCAAAGUCGUGACAACAUCAAGCUGCUAAAAUCUGGAAAAGAAUACGAGCCUGUUGUGUCACCUGUACAUGCUUUGGAAGUGCAAAGUGAGUGUAUGUUUGUUUUGGGCGGGCUCGAAAACGGGGGAAUUACAAUGCAAGGGUGCCGAUACAUGGAGGGGCAUAUUGCACAUCUUUUUCAAAAACACACUAGCACGGUAAACCAGUUACGACUCAGCAAUGACGAAAGUCGCUUUAUGAGCGGUGGGUGGGACAAGCAGAUCUUAGAAUGGGAUCUACAAACCGGAAGCUGCUCUAAUGAGUUUAAAGGAUCCACUUCACAGAUUUCAUCACUAGAAUUUAGACCUCUUUAUUCUACCGUGAAUAUAGGUGAUAAAGCUAAUUUAGAGGCAAGAAACGAGCAGAACGAUACGAAGAAAGAGGACGAUGACCUCGAUUCGCUAUUUGGUGAUGAAGAGGAAGAAGAAAGAACGAAACAAAAGAAGGAUUUGGAUAACAAAGCAUCGGACAAUGAAGAUUCCGAGGUCGCGCAUACAGAAGAAAUCUCAAAAUCAACACUGAGAACAGUUUUGGAUGAGAACGUCUUUCUCGCUUCUUGCACCAAUGGUGCAGUUCAGAUAUGGGAUCGCAGAAUAUCGAAAAAACCAGCACUGAGCUUAUCUCGUGGGCCUCAAGUGCCGCCUUGGUGUAUGUCAGCGUGCUGGUCAACAGACGGAGAUCGAGUAUACGCAGGAAGAAGAAAUGCCAUAGUAGAGGAGUUCGAUCUCAAAAUGGGUAGUAGCCCGUCCAAGGUAUUGAAAUUCCCUAGCAUAUCUGGCCCUGUUUCCUGUGUCCGUGCAAUGCCAAACAAUAAGCAUGUUUUAUGCGCCUCUAAUGAUAAUGUGAGAAUAUACGAUGUUUCUCAAUAUGGUUCAUCGAAGGUACCGUUUUUGAUUGUCCCGGGCCACCAUGGAGGUAUGAUUUCUAACCUGUAUCUUGAUCCUACGUGCCGAUUUUUGAUUAGUACUAGUGGUGAUAAAGGAUGGCAAGGGGUCUCAACCGAUGCCACUCUCAUCUACGACAUAGACGUCGAGUGA